AUGACGGCAGGCACAGUCCGGCUGGGUACGGCCUCCCCUGGAACUCGGCCGACUACCGCUGAAACCCUAACCCAGCUUGAACACAUCACCCGGCGCGCCGCCUCGAAGAAGAUCGACAUCCUCCUUCUCCCAGAAGCUUACAUCGGAGGAUAUCCUCGUGGAACUCACUUUGGCUGCGUUAUUGGAGCCCGAUCUGAAGAGGGCCGCAAUGAAUACUUGCGCUACUUCCAAAGCGCUGUUGAUCUGGGCGAUACCGUAGGCGACGGAGCAGGUGCUGGAGCAGCCUGGGUCAACAGGGAACUGCCGAGUGAUAGCGUACCAGGGCUGGAUGGCGGAGAGGAUGCGAGCAAUAUCUCUAACAAACGGGGUGAUGGCACUCGUGAAGAGUUGGAACGGAUUGCUCGCGAGACGAAGGUAUUCAUCGUCACCGGCCUGAUCGAGAAGACGGGGGGAAGCAUGUACUGCUCUGUCGUUUAUACCGGGACCGAAAGACUCGUCUGGGCCCAGGGCUCGCCCGCCACUCUCCGUGCUGUCAGCACCAUCAUCCGCGGAGUCCGCAUCAACCUCGCAGCCGCCAUCUGUUGGGAAAACUACAUGCCCCUGGUGCGGCAGGCCCUGUACGCGCAGAACAUCAACCUCUACCUCGCACCAACCGCCGACGGCCGGGAUUCAUGGCUCUCCUUCUUGCGGACGGCAGCUAUCGAAGGCCGCUGCUUCGUCCUGAGCUCCAACAUGUGCGUCCGGAACACACCAACGCCAAACGGCCACGCUGCAAUCUCCAGCAAAUCGCAACAAUCCGACGGCACCGGCGGCGCCAGCCAGGGCGACGCAUCCCCUCCGGCCCGUGCAGGGACGCACCACCGCCGCAGCUCAUGCGUAACCGAAGAAGGCUUCGAGAUCGCGCUGCCCAGUCCCCCAGCCCCGCCCACCUCCUCCCACCCGCGAGCCAGACGCCAGUCGGUUCUCGACGACGACGGCAACGAGAUCGUCCUUCACGCAAGCGACGACAGCCCCAAGCCAAUCACAACCACGACCACCACAACCACCACCAGCCCGGCAGCACCCCUCACCAAACCAGCCCACCCCUCCCCCACCCCAACAUUCACCUCCCGCGGCGGCUCCUCCAUCGUGUCCCCCUUCGGCGAGGUGCUCGCCGGUCCGCAGUGGGAAGACGACGCCGGGCUGAUCUAUGCGGACGUGGAUUUUGCCGACUGCAUCCGGGGCCGGCUGGACCUGGACACGGCGGGCAGCUACUCGCGCAACGAUUCGUUCAAGUUUUCGGUGCAGGGGUUGGAUUUGGCGCCGCUUCCAUAUUCUUGA